AUGGUGCUCUGGUCUCCCGCCGGCCGCAUCUCCUGGCGGCUCAGCAAGCAGCGCACGAUUCUCCUCGUCGCUGUCAACGUCCUGCUCGUGCUGCUCAUCUUCACCCGCUCGGCGUUCACAAUCGACAAGCGCGAGAGCAUCAGCCAAUUCUCCCGUUUGAAAAAUGCUGCCGUCAGCGGCGGCAAAGAGCUCGAGGAGCAGCUGGACCAGCAAGAUCUGGCAACCCGGGUUCCAACUGACGAGGAGCUGCAGGCGCACCCGCGGCCGCUUGAGCUUCUGCGUCACUGCGAUAAUGAAGAGGAGCGCUAUGAGGGCCAGUCGAACAUGCUUGUCUCCCGCAGUGGGCCAGAGCAGACGAUGCUGCGAAUGGACUUUGGCUUUGAGUCCAAUAAAAAGUUUGACAGAUAUAAUCCCAACGUCUUGCCGUUCCCGGCCGGAUACAAGCACCAGUACUUUGGUCUUGCGCGACAGACCAAGAAGGGCCCUCUGUUUCUUCACCACGAACUAGUCUUUUGCGAGAUGGAGUGGGGUCACAUCAAGGUGACGAACCGCAAGAUCCUCAAGUGCGUCGGCAAGGGCAACGCUGUGCAACUCAAGCUUCCACAGUGGGACUCCAAGAAGGGAUCUUGCAACCCGGAUUUCCUCGAGAUCGCACAGGGCCAGCUUGAUCCGCGACUGUUCUUCUCGCCGAGCGGCGAGCCGCUGAUGAUUGUCGGCACGAACGGAAAGUCAAACUGCUUGUCGCAGUUCAUCAUCGAUCUGAGAGCUGUCAUUCCUGAUUUAAAUGAAAAGAUGAAGCUCGAGCAUCUGCCUAUUAAAUACACGGAGCUCACAGAGCUACCUAGAAACGACCUGCAUCCGAUCGAGAAAAACUAUUUUAUCUUUUACGACGCAGAAAACAAACCGCUGGUGCACCACGAGUUUAAGCCCCGGUCGAUGACGACGCUCGAUAGCGAGUUCACUGGCCGCAACCUUCUCCGGAUCGACAAGCAGACGCCGCCGGCAUGCAUCACCAACUUGCUCAAGAAGUUCAGCGACAAGCGGUUCAAGACAUUACUGCACCAGUCGUCGAACGCGCUGCGGGUUACGCUGUGCGAGUUCCCGUGCGUGCCCACGAUUCACAAUACGGUCGAGGCGGCAAUUAUCCAUGUCAAGUACUCGUUCGACAUGGUGCCGUACUACAAGAGAUAUAUGGUAUUCAUGAACCUGACGUCGCCGUACGAGAUCGUGGGCGUGUCAAGCAGUUUGAUGUACGCUGGAUCUGACGAGCGCGACAUGCUCUUCACGGUCUCGAUGGCAUGGGACAAGCAUUUCCAGAAACGACGGGAGUGGGAAGACGCGAGCGAUCUGCCGGCAGGAUACGUACCGUGGUCGGCGUCGCUGACCGCGGCUACUUAUAGCCAGAUGCAGGUCUCGCCUGAGGCUCUUGCUGCGGCUGGGUUGGCCGAUCCCAACGCACCGAUAGUGCCGGCUGUUGUUCCGGCUGCUGCACCGGUUGCGCCGGUGACGGAUGGAGGGUUUAUGCCUAUGGCGCAGGGGAUGCCCGCUGAGGCUGCGAAGGCGCCGUCUAAUUUCAGACUGAGAAAGCGACAGGCUCCAGCGGCAGGGUUUGAUGCGCCAGCACCUGUCGCUCAAGCACCCGUAGCAGCAGCACCUGUCGCUCCAGCACCUGUCGCUCCAGCACCUGUCGCUCCAGCAGCAGUUCCCGCCGGAGCAGCACCCGACAUUGCGGCGAUUGCAGCGGGCACUGGACCAGAUCUGACGAGACAGGGCAAGGAGAUCACACUCGCGGACGAAGCCAACCACGAGACGAUCGAUGAACCUCCCGCCCCGCCAGAGCCAGAGCACAUUGCCAAGAAGAGCAAGAACCCGCUGAUUAGCGAGUACCACCACGGGUGGAUCGACGACAUGCUGUUGAUCAAUAUAGGAAUUCGCGACUUUGACAGCGCGAUUAUGCAUGUGCGGAUGAGAGAUGUUGUUGAGUGCAUGCAGGUAUGCUCUCGAUAA